AUGGAAUCUGUCCCCUAUGCUAAUGUUGUUGGAUCUGUGAUGUAUGGAAUGAUCAGUACCAGACCAGACCUGUCCUAUUCUAUUUCCCUACUGAGCAGAGUCAUGGCAAAUCUAGGCAGUGAGCACUGGACUGCCUUAAAGGGUGUAUUAAGGUACAUUAAUGGUACCCUGAACGUUGGUCUAAACUUCUGUAAAAGGCAUAAUAUACUUGACUUGGUGGGUUUUGUAGACUCUGAUUUUGCAGGUGACAAAGACACAAGGAAAUCCACCACCUCUUAUUACUUUACCCUUGGAGGAAAUUGCAUUAGCUGGAAGUCACAACUUCAGCCCAUUGUUGCUCUCUCAACAACUGAAGCAGAGUAUAUUGCUAUUGCUGAUGUGUUUAAGGAAGCUGUGUGGCUGCAAGGUUUGUUAGCCGAAGUAAAACUGACUGAUGGCAAGGCUACUAUAUUCUCAGAUAGUCAGAGUGCAAUCCAUCUCAGUAAGAAUCCAAUUUACCAUGAGCGGACCAAGCAUGUGGAUAUUCAUCCCACCGAUGAAGAGCUCAUUGAUAUACUGAAAAAAAGUAUGUGGACAAGAGAUGCCUCUCCAUGAUCGUUUAUUGAAAAAAACAUAUAUGAGCUUGAUCCUCAAGACUUUCAUUGGGAUCACACCGUUGUCUUACCCAGUAAUGAGAGAUAUUGUUACUAUAUGAGGGAGACUGAUUCCAGAGAAGUACCAGAACGAGGAUGGUGGAGAGCUACAGGUCACGUUAAGAAAAUCAAUGCCAACGACAAAAAUGUGGUGGGUUACAAGAGACCCCUAACAUUUAUUAGGUUUAGAGAUAGUGAAAGAAAGCGUAAAAAUGCCUUCAAGACCAAUUGGAUUAUGCAUGAAUACAGUCUCAACUCAAACACAACGGAAUGGAGGCUUUGUAAGAUCAAGUACAAGGGCAAGGCAAGUGUAAAAGAAGAGAUGGAGAAUAUUAGAAAAGGUUACUUUAAAUUAACGAAUAGUUUUGAAUCGAGCAGCCCUUCAAUAAUGGUGAUGGAGCCUGAUUUUGUUGACGAAGAACAACAACAACGACAACAACGACAGCUCUUAAACCUAGAAAAUAAUUUGCAGGAAACAUAUGAUUCAAUGGGCAUGGAGCUUCAUUUUUUUAGUGAAGCACAGGAGAAAAUAUUACAAGUGCCAGAGGCUUUACAACUUGAUGAUGAAGUGAUGAAUAUGCAAAUUAUGGAUCACCAACAACAAGAUCAACAGCAAUCAAAUGCUUCAUAUGAUCCAAUUUUAACUCACAUUUCGAAUUCAGACUAUUAUUUUGAUGAUCAAAUGGAGCAGCCGGAUUCAUCAGAGGAAUUAUUUCCCAGCCUUUGGUCUUGGUAA